UAGUGUAUAAUUCCACAUUCGAUCGUCAACAUUGAACGUGUUUGGGUGAUAGUGAUUAUUGAGUUAAAAAUAUUUGUAGCAAAACAAAAAGCGUAAAUGUGGCUUUGAAGACCGCUGGCAAAAAAAAAAGAGAAAAAUAACUGAUCACAGUGAAAUCGUCAACAUAUCAACAUCUGCUGAGCAUCAGUAGACGAUUAGUGUAAGCAACAUUAAAUCAAAUACAACAAAUAGCAACAACAAAAUCUUAAACAAUCACAAUCCAAGAUGUCCAACAAAUCAACGAUAGCAAAAAAUACAGCCGACGAGAUUGAUAAGAUACGUCUUAAUCUGGGCGAAGAUUGGAAAGUGCUUCGAUCUGUCUAUGAGCUGUUGCAUAAUGAGAAAGCGUUUUGUGUGUCCGAAGCGGAUCGCGAUGCUGUAAAAAUUGUACAUUUUGUGCAGCCGGACGAAAUGAAGCAAUUGAUUGACCUGAGCAUCGAUGAGAAUAAAACUCACACCAUACAAGAGAUACAGGAUUUAUGUCGAUUGGUGAUUAAAUAUUCAGUAAAAACCAAUCAUGGCCGGUUUCACAAUCAGCUCUUCGGACAAAUGGAUCCGUAUGGGUUGAUGGGGCAAUGGAUUACCGAUGCGCUCAACGCUAGUGCUUACACUUAUGAAGUAGGUCCCGUCUUCUCGCUGAUGGAAACGGAAAUCAUACACACCGUUUGCCAAUUGGCCGGCUAUGCUGAAGGUGACGGCAUCUUCGCACCUGGUGGUUCCAUAUCGAAUAUGUAUGGCCUUGUCUUGGCCCGCUAUAAGCGGCAUCCGCAUGUCAAGACUGACGGCAUGUUUGGCAUACGUCCACUUGUGCUCUUCACAUCUGAAGAGUCCCAUUAUAGUUUCAUUAAGGCCGCCCAUUGGUUGGGUCUAGGCGCCGAUAAUUGUGUCGUUGUGAAAACGAAUGAACGCGGCCAAAUGUUGUCAACCGAUUUGGAGGCGAAGAUUAUGAAAGCGCAAGAGACGGGAUGUGAACCAUUUUUUGUGAACGCUACCGCCGGCACAACAGUUUUGGGCGCAUUCGAUGAUCUCAAUGCAACAGCUGACGUGUGCGAGAAAUAUGGAUUGUGGUUGCAUGUGGAUGCAUGCCUAGGGGGUGCAGCUCUAUUAUCCUAUCAAAACCGUCAGCUACUGGCCGGGCUGGAGCGCACCAACUCUUUCUCUUGGAAUCCACACAAAUCACUCGGCGCUCCGUUGCAAUGCUCGCUAUUUGUCACGCGUGAACGUGAACUACUCACGCACUGCAAUAGCAUACAAGUUAACUAUCUCUUUCAACAGGACAAAUUCUACGAUGUAUCCUACGACACUGGCAAUAAGAGUAUACAGUGCGGACGCAAAAUUGAUGCUUUCAAAUUUUGGCUAAUGCUGAAGGCUCGCGGUUAUGGUAGUUUUGGGCGGCUCUUGGAUCAUGCGAUAGACAUCUCAAAACUUCUUAUUGAGAAAAUUAAGCAGCGUGGGAGUGAUCGUUUUCGUUUGGUCUUGGAUGAUUAUCAGUACAUGAAUGUUUGUUUUUGGUACAUACCGAAUGCGUUGCGAGGUCUCGAAGAAACGCCAGAGUGGCGAGAACGUUUAUUUGCCGUUGCGCCCAAAAUCAAAGAGCGCAUGGCUUAUAGCGGUACGCUGAUGAUCGGCUACACGCCGCUACUGUACCGCGGUUUGGGCAAUUUCUUUCGCAUGGUCUUCACUUGCUUCCCUGUGCUAGAAGCGACGGAGUUGGAUUUUAUUCUUGACGAAAUUGAGCGCUUGGGCGAAGAGUGCCAGUAUUAAGGAAUAUAGUGAGAUUAUUUGAUAUUAGGCUUUUUUGUACACACAGAGUUAAGUUUAAGGUUUAUAAAAUAAAUUGAUAUGUAAUA